AUGGCCUCCAAAGAUGCUUAUGCCCUAAUUCUCAGAACCCAUGAAUUUGUGAUCUUACAAGUGCUGAAAGGUGGUCCUCUUUCUGAAAGCUAUAGGCUCUAUCAGUUCCAUUUUCACUGGGGCAGCACAAAUGACUAUGGUUCUGAACACACAGUGGAUGGAGUCAAAUAUUCUGCAGAGCUUCACCUGGUUCACUGGAAUUCUGCGAAGUACUCCAGCUUUGCUGAAGCUGUCCCACAGGCUGAUGGUUUGGCAAUUAUCGGUGUUUUGAUGAAGAUUGAUCAGGCCAACCCAAGACUGCAGAAAGUACUUGAUGCCCUAAAGGCAGUUAAAACCAAGAACAAACGAGCCCCAUUCACAAAUUUUGACCCAUCUACUCUCCUUCCUUCAUCCCUGGAUUACUGGACCUACUCUGGCUCUCUGACUCAUCCUCCCCUUUAUGAGAGUGUAACCUGGAUCAUCUGUAAGGACCCCAUCAGUAUCAGCCCAGAACAGCUGGCACAGUUCCGAAACCUUCUGUCGACUGUUGAAGGUGACAAAGCUGUCCCCAUUCAGCACAACAACCGGCCACCCCAGCCUCUGAAUGGCAGAAUAGUGAGAGCUUCAUUCUGAUGGGACCAGGAAGGAACUUCUCCUUCCUCCAGGAACACUGCCCUGCUUCGGACAUAAUCCAGUGAAACAAUUUUUAAGAAGCACAUUUAUGUCAAUCCUAGCAAGGCAGUGUAGCUGCAAAUUCAAUCUAUAGAGCGAAGUUUUGAUUUUUAUUCUUAAUGCUUAACUCAAAUAAUAAUCC